AUGCCAGCUUAUGUGCCAAAAAAAGCAUGGGAAAGAGAUGGUCAAGAUAAGGAGAAAUGGUUCAAAAGAAAGCACGCCCACCACCAUAUCCUGGAGAAACCUCAUCGUGAACAGAUGGAGCAGAGAUACGAGGGUAUCGAAAGAAAGAAAAGAAGGGAGCGCAUGGAAUACGUUCGCCAAGAUGAAGAAACUCGUUAUUAUAAAGACGUGUUAAAACAAAGAAGAUCGAAUGCGCUUAUUGAUCAUUUAUUUGGUACAAAUGCUGUCCUCGCAGCACUAAAAUCUAAUAAAAGAAAAAGAUUCGGUAAAUUGUACCUCCACAGUCCAAAAGAUACUGACAAGUUCAGCGAAAUUAUGGAAUUAGCUAAGGAACUCAAUAUCAACGUUAAAGAUUCCACUAAACAGGAACUUAAUAUUCUAACAGACAAUGCAGUGCACAAUGGUAUAGUACUCGAAACAAGGCCUAUGGAAAUAGAAACCAUAAAGUCAAUGGGAUCUGAGGUAACAGAAGAUAAUUUCAGUGUCAGGGUCCUGAAUGACAUAGUUGGGGAUUCAAGCACUGAAGAGAUUGCUGUCAACUCAUAUGGUAAGAGGUUCCCACUUGGUUUGUAUUUGGAUGAAAUCUCAGAUCCUCAUAAUGUUGGUGCAAUUUUGAGAUCAGCAUAUUUCUUGGGAGUAGAUUUUGUGGUUUUUAGUGAAAGGAACUGUGCUCCGUUAUCACCAGUGGUUGCUAAGUCAAGUUCUGGUGCAAUAGAGUUCAGCAAGUUGUUCAAAGUCGGAAAGCCCCUUACUUUUUUUGAUGAAAGCAAAAAGAAUGGUUGGGUGUUUAUUUCCACUGUUGCACCAAAUGAUUCAAGAAAUAAGAGUAAACAAGUUGAUACAGAUUUCAUUUCUGACAUUUUACAAAAGUCGCCAGUAAUUCUAGUUGUUGGAUCAGAGGGUACCGGUAUUCGCACCAACUUAAUUAACAAAUCUGAGUAUUUGGUUGCUGUGACUAAUGGUAGAGAAAUGAACGAAUGUGUCGACUCCCUGAAUGUUUCAGUUGCCACUGCGUUGCUUAUUUCGAAAAUUUUGGUGUGA